AUGAUCAACAAGACGUUGCCCUUCUUCCUCGAGGACCGCACGGGUGUCUUCACUGGCUCCGACUUUGACGACAUCUACGACCGUCUCUUCCUCCGUGCCUCGCGAUCGUCCGAGAAAACUGCGCAGAGUGCGGACGAGACAAUCAUGAUAUAUAACAUGGGCCGCCGCUCGUCGAGCCAACGCGACUAUCGCCCGACCCAGCGUGAGCCCGCUAUCGUGCUCGAAUUCGGCCCGCAAGGUGCGCUGUGGAGGAUCUCGUUCACAGGCUCGUCCAUCUCCAUGCCGAUGGGCCAGUAUCUGAAAAAGACGUCGAUGUUUGGAGGAUCUCUUUCGCGCAAGUUCAGAGGGUCAGACGGAGAGGAAUACAAGUGGACAUACAAAAGUGUCCAGGACCAAGAGUGGACGUGUGUGGAUUCUAGAAAUUACCUCGUAGCACACUACGACCUCAAACCGCCAGAAAAGCCUGCUUACCGAACAUCGGGGAAUAUCUUGACGAUUUACGAAGCGUAUGCGGAUCUGUCUGUCGAGAUUCUCGCGUCUCUGACUAUCAUGCGACAUAUUGCGGCAAAUAAUCUGUGA